CCUUACAACUAGGUGGUUAGUAGCUCCAAGCCAAGAGUGUAAUCAGUCGUGUAACUGCAGGAAAGCCGACAGUGUUUAGGUCAGAUCGAACAAGCGCCGUUCUGUCGUUGCGACCAAUUCAAAAUAUCACAGGCCCUGGAUAUGGCUACGUCUAUACUUGGGGAAGAACCACGAUUUGGAACUACCCCCCUAGCUAUGCUGGCUGCAACUUGUAACAAAAUUGGUAACACCAGUCCCCUUACCACUCUCCCUGAAUCCAGUGCUUUUGCCAAGGGUGGGUUUCACCCUUGGAAAAGAUCAUCUUCAAGUUGUAAUUUGGGAUCCACCCUCCCAGGAUUCGCCGUGGCGACAAGCCGAGGAUCGACCGGACUAACGUCAACAACCGGGACGGGCAACAGCGCGUUCUGUUUAGCUUCCACUUCCCCGACCUCCUCCGCAUUUACGACAGAGUACAGCAGUUUAUUUUCCAACUCGGCGAGCGUGUCAUCGCAAGACUCGGGACAGUCAGCAUUCAUCUCAAAAGUUCACACUUCAGAAACCCUGUAUCCGCGGGUAGGGAUGGCACACCCAUACGAGUCUUGGUACAAAUCUGGCUUCCACUCAACCAUCUCCGGGGAAGUUGCAAAUGGGGCGUCCUCUUGGUGGGACGUCCACACUAACCCCAGUUCGUGGCUCGAAGUCCAAAAUCCGGCCAGCAGUCUGCAGACCUCGUUGCACUCUGGAACUCCCCAAGCCAUACAUUCACAGCUGAGCGGUUACAAUCCAGAUUUCUCAACAUUAACGCAUUCCGCCUUUAGUUCUACCGGGAUAAGUCCUACAGCGUCCCACCUUCUAUCCACCAGUCAGCACCUGUUGACGCAAGAAGGUUUUAAAACCGUGAUUCCCACGUACACAGACUCCCCCGCCGCGAACGCCAUGAUCUCAGGAGCCAGCACAGGCAUAGGAAGCUCCUCCAGGUCAUCCAGGAGAUACUCCGGCAGGGCAACGUGCGACUGCCCAAACUGCCAAGAGGCAGAGAGACUUGGGCCUGCCGGAGCCAGUCUCCGAAGGAAGGGACUCCACAGCUGUCACAUACCUGGUUGCGGCAAGGUGUACGGCAAAACUUCUCACCUUAAGGCCCACCUGAGAUGGCACACUGGGGAGCGGCCGUUUGUCUGUAACUGGCUUUUUUGCGGCAAAAGGUUCACGAGGUCCGAUGAACUGCAGAGACAUCUUCGGACCCACACCGGAGAAAAAAGAUUUGCUUGCCCAGUGUGUAACAAGCGCUUCAUGCGGAGCGACCAUUUGAGCAAGCACAUAAAAACUCACACCGUCGGAGGAGGAGGGAAGAAGGGAAGCGACAGUGACACCGACACCAGUAACCUGGAGACCCCCAGGUCCGAGUCCCCGGAACUUAUUUUAGAGGGGGUAAACUCCAGCAGAGUUACGGUCAAGGACCCGUCUCCACAUAACGACUCGUAAAUACCAUGAGCCACGAAAUGCGAAUAACCUCGAAGAUUACUUCAAAAAUACGUAAUCUAAAAUGGCAAAUUUUUAUUAAAGAAACGGGUCUGGGAUUUGUGACACACUGUAGGCUACGAAAGGUAAUAUUUACAAGAAGAUUUCAUAUUUUAAACUCAAAACCUUUUAUAAUCAAAUCAAAUUCACAACACACGGUAAUAUGAAAUAUUUUUAAAAUCCUUAAUACGCAUCAUAUGAGAUACAAAUUAAUUAUAUUAUAUAAGAAUGACUGGCCGUAUUUCAGACAAUUCAAGACAGACUAUGUAAGAGCAUAAACGAAUGACUUUUGUAUGGAAUAUUGCGCAAAAGGUGAGCAAACCCUAUGAACUUGGUGGAACAAUGUAUAUCGUUGACAUUCAUUGUGUACAUAUAACAGCCAUAAGGAACGUGUUAUAAUUCUUGUAAAUGUUGAUUAUGAUCGUUUUGUCCGUGGUUUGGUUCCUGAAAUUCAGGGAGUUUUCCUUUUACUUUAAAUGCACUUUGUGGAUAUCAGUAUGUAUGUAAACUGCUAUUUAAAUACGAGUUAACCUUUUUUCGAGCCUCGUACGUUCUCAAGAUAUUAUAAACAUUUACUUGUACGAAAAAACACAAGUAGACCUAAAUCUUUCAUUUUCUUUUAAUUAAAGGUAUCUGCAACAAAUAAAAAAACUUUCGUUAUUUGAUGCAGGAGAUCUUAUAUAUUUUCACAAUCCCUUUAUUUUUCACUUAAUGCUGAACUAAAUCAUUUUGAACAAAAUGUUUUCAAAUGACGACUUGAUCUAUUUAUAUUUUAAGAUUGGCAAAUGUAAAAUAAAGGAUUCAUAGGCUUCACCAAAAUCAAUCACACUCUGAUUAAAACAAUCACACGUCUGCUAAAGUUUUCUCGGUGGGAUACAUCAAUGUUUAAUAUCCCACAACAGAGAUUUCAUGGCAAAAUGAAAAUCUUGUUAAAUGUUAUUAAUUAUGACUUGGAGCACACAGUAGCCCCCUGAGUCUUGUAUUCCCGAUUAGGGAUUCGUGUCUUAUCAAGUAUCUAAUUAAUCUCCGAGACAUCAUUUAUUCGGCCCAACAUCCCUUCGGGAAACUCUGGAGGUUUUCAUGACAAAGCUCUCUUGAAUAUCUAUUUUAAUUGUUCGAAUUAACUGCUUAAAUUUGCAUGUCAAAUGGAGAGCUGGCAACCCGAGAAUAAAUGUAAAGCAGUUUUAAGCUUUUUUAAAAUAUAAAAAAAAAAAAACCGCAACACUUCAUUUGAUGUUACGGGAAGGCAAAUGUUUCUUUCAUUUUAGAAAGGAAAAAAAAGAUAGCCUAUAUGCAAAUAGUGAAUUUGAAAUGCUUAUGUCGCUGCACAGUCAAAUGGCGCUUGCAUGUUAUUUGAAUAUCUGUAGCCCCGCAUUGAAAAGGUUCAAGGAUGCUCUCUGACUUCUUUGUGCUUAUCCAGUGCAGCGUCCGACUCUAAAGAAAAACCCAGGGAAUAAUUAGAGUGCGAGACUAGGCCUGGGAACGCAUUGGGGACAGGAAUCUCAUUUAGACAACCCUUUCAAAAACGGCAAGUUAAAUUGACCAGAAGGCAAUUAUUCAGACGAAAAUUAUUUUCAUUACCUUUAGAAUCCUGACAGCUAUUUAUAGACGAGAUAACGUUAAAUAUAAAAUAAAGUAAGGUUGUCAACUGUUAUUUCACACUUUAGGAUUUAAAUUAUAACGUAUUUACACGUGUACUUAUUUUAUUACUGUUCUUAAAUAUGACUUUCAUCCAAUGUCUUAAGAUAGAAAAAACGAAUCUGCUUCACCAAACCACACUGAAUUUUUUUUAAAUGAAGAAGUUUAAAAGUGAAUCCUGAGUCUUUUUUUUUGCACUGUUUGAAAAAUAACCUAGAUAAAUAUUGACAGUGCUCUCUCUCUCUCUCUCUCUCCAUAUAUAUAUAUAUGAAAUGAAAAUUUAUAUAUAUAUACUUUUUGGUGAGGAAGAUACUCCAUAGAAUUCGUGGAACACAUUUAGCAAUUAUAUGGUUCCAUUAAGUUUUACAAACGGCACUGAAAUCGACAUGAUCUAAGUGGGAUUAAAUCUGUAGGGGAAAGCCGUCGCCCGGAGAGGCAGACAGUAGUCGUUGUCAGUUACCGCCUUUGUUGAGUUUCCCUGGUAUGCCCUCUUGCUGUGCAUUGAGCAGAAGUCAUCUUUGUUUUCACGCCACAAUGAAAAAAAAUAUCAAAGAGGGGAGUCCUGGUCCAGCCUCGCGGGGCACAGGGUUAUACUAACCAGCUCAAUGAUCAAUGAGCUCGCGCCGCUGUUUUCUCUGUUCUGAAAAUGCACAGAAUGCCACAGUUCCGCAUCCAAACCCGCCCCAAAAUCUGUUGUUCCUGUAGCAGUUAAAUCUUAUUCAUUCUCCCGGCCUCUGUUCGCUACAGUAAUUGUAUAUUUAUCCGCAAUAUUGUUGGAAAUAUUAAUAAUUACAAGAAAUAAUGGUGAACGAACAUUGCUAUAUGUCAAAAAAUCAACAGAUAGCCUAUAAAUAAAACGCAUAUUUUAGAGAUUUAAAUGUGAAUCUUAAAAUAACUGAAUAACUACCAUAACAUAAAAUCAAGUUUGCUGACUGAAACAAAUUGAAACAAAUGUUAUUUAGGCAAUCGAAAUGUCAAUAUGUUUUAUUGACGCAGUUUGUACUGUUUCAUGUCAUAAGAAAUUUGGCAGUUCAUCCAAUCGAUCCCGCUAUUUAAACGUUUUUAUGUGAAUGCAAUUAAAUAACUUAAACUGUCAUCUUGGUAUUCACCAAGAAUAAUAUUUUUGUUUAUACACAGGCACUUUCAUUAGAACCUGUUAUUCACGACAAUGAAAUCACGUUUCCGACGUAUUAGCGCCACCCUCGGGUUUAGCUGAAUUUGCAAAAUAAGGUCAAGCAUGAUAGAAUUUUACAAUGUCGCAUAUUUCUAAACGUCCUUGUACUGAAACGAUAUGAAAAUGAUUUUAUCAUCUAUCUCUGAUGAAUUACGAUUUUAAUGUUUUGUGUGGGUGAUAUGUCAUUUUGGGAAAAUAAAUCCUUGUUUUGUGUUGUAAAGAAAAAACGAAUUUCACUUCAUCACGCACCCGUGAAUCAUGUGAUGUGUUUGAAAAUUGCCGUUCCCAUUAUGGACUUCUAGGUACAACUAACAUCUGAAUCAACGGGUUAAGCAUUUUAGGAACGAGUAUAAAUGAAAAUAGCUAGCUUUCUCAAAGAUAUAAGCAAAUGGGAAUGGAAGCUAACCUUUUAGCUCAAACCGGGUUACCUGAGUGUUGUAAUUACAGUAAUUAUGUACAUCAGAAUUACAUACUAAUUACAUUAACAUCAGAUCAUUCUUAAUCGAAAUCUAAUGAGCUAGAGAGGAAGAAUUAAUCAAUGACAACAUAAAUACGGGCCUUAAUAAAUAUUAAUUUAACUUUCGAGCGCAGCUCACACAGGAUUAAGCAUUUUCGCGAUUUUUUUCCCCAUUUAAUCAUAAGGUUUAGCUCAUGGUGCUAUUUGCUUUGGUGACGCUGGAAUGUAUUUGCAUGCUAUCAAUGGAAAAUUCUUGAACAAUUAUUUCAUUGUAUUUAUAUUUGAAUAGCUAACAUAAUGCAAUUAAUGUAAAUAAAUAUUCUAACCUGUAGCCAUUUUAAUUUUAGUUUUUUUCCCCUAAAUUUAAAAAUUAGCUUUAUUUAAGGAGGCCUUAUCUUUUUGAGUGAAAUAAGUGCAUGGAUGCAAGAUUUUGACAAUAUCCCUUAUAAGAAUUUUACAACAGACGUAGCCUAAAUAAAUCAGGAAAUGUAUACAUUAGACUAAUUAAUUACUGUAGGUUGCUGUAUAGGAAUUAUCCUGCCGUAUAGCUACGGAUCCCAAUACAUGAUUUGAACUUCUACGACGUUUCCUAUAUUUGGAUGUGUAUCUGGAGCAGGCCUGCUUGAGACAUUUGUAAAACUACCAAAUAUUAGCGUGUAUGGUUUAUUGGAGGAAAGCAAACAUUCCUUUCCAGAUUGAAUGCCGGUUCGUUACAUAAUUAAACCUCGAAAACGAGAUUGCAUGCGAUCGAGUUUACACGUCUCUGUACAGAAUAAAAAAUGUAACUACUCACGAAAAUAAUUUUAAUAGGACAUUGGGCCACCAUCGUUGUUGAUGUAACUGGCUGCUCUUGCCCCUUGCAGGCUGAAAUUUGCGGUCAACUCAUCAGCGCCUGCUUUCUAUUUUGUCUAGCACUUCGCUUUGGUGCACUUCCGCACACUGCUGAUGGUGUUGUCCCUCCUUGAACAUUCCAUGCCGACAUUACCGUUUCUCGAAAAACAUCAGUUUAACUGUCUUGGUCACCGAAGCUCCCGCCAAAAACACAUCAAGAAUCAUCCUUCGUACAGAGUCAGAGAUCACCUCUUGCAGUCAUGCACGCUAGUUAUAAUUAUAGGCAUCCAGGCCUGUCCGGCAUUUAGGCUACAUGACCCUGUAUGCUGAGAUUGAUAGCCUAUUUGUUUAAUGAACAGAUGAAACACCUGUGGUAACCUCCAUUGCACACAUUUGUUGCGCCACUUUUACCCAGGUGUUUACAUUUUUUUGUGAAGGCCUACACCUAAUCUAAAGCACAAAUAGCACAAUCUGACGCUAUCUCUGCGUUUUAAAUGUAUAUAUCCCCGUAGGGCCAGCAAGACGCGGGAGAUAUUGUGGACUUUAAGGACCUAACACUUUGGUAAUAAAACACAUAGGACAAAUGCGUUAAAGCGGAUCUUCGUUUAUACACAUCCACUUACAAAUUAAUGAGUUUAUUCAUAACUGGAACCCAAUAAUAUUAAUUUUCUAAAUGAUCUUCAUUCAAUAGUUCUUAAUUAUGACAUCUUUAAUUAUUGAAAUUACAAAAUAAGAAUCAAGAAGUGUUUUUAGGCUACUAAUGUUAGCAUUAAUAAUAAGAAAAGCAAUCGUGUUAUUAAAAUUAGGCUUUGACAAUUAUAGGUCCAAAGCGUGAUUAGUUAUUCGAAAAUGCGUCAUGAUAGCCAAAUUUAAGGAAUCAACAAUAUGCGAGAUCCAAAAAAAAAAACCACUACAUAUCUACAUAUUAUUGUUACCAGUUGCUUUAUCAGAUUAAGCACGUAAAAAAUCUCAGAAAUAUCGGCCUAGUUCAUAAACAUGGAAAUUAUAUCGAUUUAUUGAACAGAUAUUGAUGGCUACCUUUUAAAUGAUGUUAGACACCCAGGGACAAGAACGCUACGUUUAUGCAGUACAUAAUAGUUGGGUGAAAACGCGCAAAUGUAGAGCCAGUUUAUGACAUAUCGAGGAACUAUAUCUUGAAUUGCAAUGAAACACUUGCAAUGAAAGUUUCUUGAUUUACAAUGAAAAAAUAAUAAUACGCGCAUGCUGUGCGAUUCACGCGCCAGACGUUCUCCAUAUACGGAUAUAGCUUCCUUAAAAUAAAAAAUAUUUAAAAGUAUAUUGAAUCUACGGAAAUUUCUUAAAUUAUGCCAAAACACGGCUAAUACUGUCAACCACAUUUUCGAUGUUUAAUCAGUUUUCACUUAACAAUGAAGUCUUGUACAAGUUAAAAUAAAUUGAUCCAAUUUUCACAAACUGAUCAUAAUAUACAGACAUUGCCAUUCUUGCCCGUAUUACAUGUCUCAGGACUGCAAAAAUACAAACGUUUUUCCAUUACGCAAAAACGACUCUAUUUGAGAUAAAAGGAUUUCAUACAUUGCUCGAAUUUGUAUGCAAUUAAGAUGCCUAUCUGGAAGAUUUGAUCGAGCUGCGGACAGCUCGAUCAACAGAGCCAAAUCGGACAGAAGAGG